CACGCACUCUCACAUUCGAGCUCUCAAGAUGUCAUCGCUGAUAUUUAUUUUGUUGCGCCACCGGGCGCGUUUUCGUGGUUAUUUGCUCCGUGCGUGAGGAUUUCCCACAUCACGCGUAUUAUUUUUUUUAAGUCCAGCGGAUGUUUUUUUUUUUUUUUUUUUGUCCUAGUUCCUAUUUUGUUGCCCGUUGUGAGAGAACAAGCUAUUAAUUUUUAAUUCUUAUGCAUCCACACGAAGACGCGGGACGAGAGAGGAGAGAACGAGUGAUAACCGGAGGAGGAGAGGAGAGAGGAAGGAAUGAAUGAAACCCACUGAGCAGUCAAGGAAAAGGACGUUAGAGAAAUUAAGGAUCCCCCUCAGAGAGGGUGUAAGUUGAGGACGUGCCACCUCACCCACCUGUGCCUGCUGACCACAACUACACUCUAUCCACGCCCCUUUCCCCGCCCCCCUGGACAGCCUCCGGCAUGGCUCUUGCAAUCUGGAUUGUCCUCAGUUGUGCUGUGGCCUUCAGCAACAUUGCCCCUUCUUCUCAAGCUCUGAGCCGGUCAAUGAUGCCCUUCGGUUUGAUACGUCGAGAGCUGGCAUGCGAAGGCUACCCGAUUGAGCUGCGCUGCCCCGGAAGCGAUGUCAUCAUGAUUGAGACGGCCAACUACGGCCGCACCGAUGACAAGAUCUGUGACGCAGACCCCUUCCAGAUGGAGAAUGUGCAGUGCUACCUGCCCGACGCCUUCAAGAUAAUGUCACAGAGGUGUAAUAACCGCACCCAGUGUGUGGUGGUGGCGGGGUCGGACGUCUUCCCGGAUCCCUGCCCCGGCACAUAUAAGUACUUGGAGAUCCAGUACGAGUGUGUCCCCUACAAAGUGGAUCAAAAAGUUUUUGUGUGUCCGGGGACACUGCUACGGGUGCAGGCGGCCAGCUCGCUGCAGGAGGCAGAACACCAGGCGGGAGCUUGGUGCAAGGACCCUCUUCAGUCAGGGGACCGUCUGUACGUUAUGCCCUGGACCCCCUACCGCACCGACAUGCUGUAUGAAUACGCCUCCUGGGAGGACUUCAAACAGAACCGAGCCACCACCACAUACAAGUUGCCCAACAGAGUUGACGGCACGGGAUUUGUGGUAUAUGACGGCGCAGUGUUUUACAACAAAGAGCGCACGCGCAACAUUGUCAAGUAUGACCUGCGGACACGCAUCAAGAGUGGAGAAGCUAUCAUCACAAACGCCAACUACCACGACACCUCGCCGUACCGCUGGGGAGGGAAGUCAGACAUCGACCUGGCUGUGGAUGAGAACGGCCUCUGGGUGAUCUACGCCACCGAGUCCAACAAUGGACGGCUGGUGGUCAGUCAGGUUAAUCCUUACACUUUGCGCUUUGAGGGCACCUGGGAGACCAGCUUUGACAAGAGGAUGGCAUCUAAUGCCUUCAUGGCAUGUGGUGUGCUUUACGCAGUGAGAUCCGUCUAUCAGGAUGAUGACAGCGAAGCAGGUGGUGAUCUGGUGAUGUAUGCGUACAAUACCAACCACGCCCGUGAGGAACCUGUCAACAUCCCUUUCCCCAACCCCUAUCAAUAUAUUUCCUCUGUGGACUACAACCCUCGAGACAACCAACUUUAUGUGUGGAAUAAUUAUAAUGUACUGCGCUAUCCACUGGAGUUCGGACCACCAGACCCCACCACAGGUCCUCUAACAACCACCCAAGUGACCACUACUCUUCCAGCGAGGCCUUUCACCUCCAGUGCCAGCCCCUCCACUGCCCGUCCUUUGGCCCCAACCUCUCGCCCCAUUGGCUCUAUCAACAAGCACCCUGACCUCCGACCCAUCACAGCCACUGUGCCUGUGACACGCCAGUCGCCGCGUCCUCCCGAAAGCUUGGAGCCCCAUGUGUGUGAGGCCAGAGUUGCCCGGGGCGUCCCGUGGCCCAUCACAAAGAGAGGAGAAACUGUGGACCGCCCAUGUCCCAAAGGAUCCCUAGGUAUCGCUUCGUUCCAGUGCUUGGCGGAGCAGGUCAUGUGGAACCCGCGUGGUCCUGACCUGAGUAACUGCACCUCCCCGUGGGUCAACCAGGUGGCUCAGAAGAUAAAGAGCGGUGAGAAUGCGGCAAACAUAGCCGGCGAGCUGGUGCACCAUACACGAGGUCGGAUCCACGCCGGAGAUGUCAGCUCGUCCGUGCGACUGAUUGAGCAGCUGCUGGACAUCCUGGAUGCACAGCUUCAGGCUCUGAAGCCCGAAAACAAGGAAUCAGCUACACGAAACUACAAUAAGCUUCAGAAGCGAGAGCGAACCUGUCGGGCCUACAUCCAGGCGGUGGUGCAAACAGUAGACAAUUUGCUGCGUCCUGAAGCUUUGGAGUCAUGGCAGGACAUGAACAGCACAGAGCAGGCCCACACUGCCACCAUGCUGCUGGACGUCCUUGAGAAAGGAGCAUUCCUGCUCGCCAACAACAUGUAUGGCAAUCGCUUUUCAGACCGUGCCCCCAGCAUUGAUCUUGAGGUGCAUGUUCUCAAUACAGAGAUGGACCUGCAGAAUUUAUCCUUCCCACAGAACUACGCCAGCGACAGCACCAUUCAUCUGUCAGCCUCCACAAUCAAACAGUACAGCCGCAACGGUCAGGUGAAGGUUGUGUUUGUGCUCUAUAAGAACUUGGGGUCCUUUCUUUCCACUGAAAACGCAACAGUGAAGAUGGAAGUGGAGGAGGGGCCAAGUCAUAAUCGGAAACGCCUGGCGGUGAACUCCCACGUCAUCGCCGCCUCCAUCAAUAAGGAGUCGAGUCGAGUGUUCCUCACCGACCCGGUGGUCUUCACACUCAAACAUCUGGAGGUAGAGAACUUUUAUAGCCCCAACUGCUCCUUCUGGAACUACUCCGAGCGCUCCAUGACGGGCCAGUGGUCAUCCCAGGGCUGCAGACUGCUGGAAACAAAUGGCACCCACACCACCUGUUCCUGCAGCCACCUCACCAACUUCGCCAUAAUUAUGGCUCACCAUGAAACCGAUUACCCAGGGCGAAUGCAUGAGCUGAUCCUGUUUGUGAUCACCUGGGUGGGCAUUGUUAUCUCCCUGGUGUGUCUGGCUAUCUGCAUUUCCACUUUCUGCUUCCUGCGAGGUCUGCAGACCGACCGCAACACCAUCCACAAGAACCUCUGCAUCAACCUCUUCAUUGCUGAACUACUCUUCCUCAUCGGCAUUGACAAGACACAGUACCAUAUUGCCUGUCCCAUCUUUGCUGGUCUUCUCCAUUUCUUCUUCUUGGCUGCCUUCUCCUGGAUGUGUCUGGAGGGUGUUCAGCUCUAUCUCAUGCUGAUGGAGGUGUUUGAGAGCGAAUACUCCCGCAAAAAGUACUACUAUUUGUGCGGAUACUGCUUCCCCGCCCUGGUGGUCGGCAUCUCUGCAGCCAUAGACUACAGGAGCUAUGGGACCAAGAAGGCAUGCUGGCUGCGAGUGGAUAACUACUUCAUCUGGAGCUUCAUUGGACCCGUUUCAUUUGUUAUUAUGCUCAACCUCAUUUUCCUCAUAAUUACUUUACACAAGAUGAUCCGCAACUCAUCAGUGCUCAAACCCGACUCCAGCCGCCUGGAUAACAUUAAGUCGUGGGCUCUCGGGGCCAUCGCCCUGUUGUUCCUGCUGGGCCUGACGUGGGCAUUUGGCCUUCUCUUUAUAAAUGAGAACACGGUCAUCAUGGCCUACCUCUUCACAACAUUCAAUGCCUUCCAGGGAAUGUUUAUCUUCAUUUUCCACUGCGCCCUGCAGAAAAAGGUCCAUAAGGAGUACAGUAAGUGUCUGCGUCACUCUUACUGUUGCAGCCGCACCUCCACCACAAGCUCCCACGGUUCCCUAAAGAACUCAGGCCUGCGCACCAACAACAGAUACUACAGCAGUAGCCAAGCCCGUCACGCGGCAGCUCAUCGACAGAGUCGCAUCCGCAGGAUGUGGAAUGACACGGUUCGGAAGCAGACUGAAUCUUCUUUCAUGGCAGGAGAUAUCAACAGCACGCCAACCCUCAACCGCGUAAAAAAAUCAUGCAAAAUCCUUCCCGCAGUGUUGUGCAGAGCAACCAUGGGCAACCAUCUUCUGACUAACCCGGUGCUGCAGACACGCACUGGGACCUCUCCCUACAACACUCUGCUGGCUGAGAGCUUCACGCCGCCCUCACCGGGUGUCUUCAAUUCUACUGGAACCUUCCGUGACCCAAAGAGCACAUUAUCCAAGGCACGGGAUCCCUGCGGGAUGGAAACUUUGCCAUUGAAUGGUAACUUCAACAACAGCUACUCCCUACGCAGCGGCCCAGGGGGCGGAGGCAGCUGCGACUUCCUAGGCAGUGGGGGCGGAGACACUUCCCCACCUCUACUUAAUCCCCGUAGCUCGGACACUGUGGGAGGUGGAGGUAUCCGGCGAAACCUCUCCGACGCAGCAGCCUUUGAGAAGAUGAUCAUCUCUGAGCUUGUGCACAACAACCUGAGAGGUGGUGUGGGAGGAGGAAGUGGGGCAGGUGGAAGUGAGGUAGGAGACAGGGUGUGUGGCAGCCUGGCCAAGGGACGUCCUCAUGGUGGUGUUGGGCGAGGCGCAGCGGGGGUUCCAACUGAACCAUCAAUAAGCAUAGAUGAAGAAGAGGACUUUCUGCGGGAGGGACACCAGCGCACGCCACAGGAUGUAGAGCUGCUUUAUAAGGCUCUAGAGGAGCCCCUGCUCCUGCAGCGUGCCCAGUCAGUCCUCUACCAGAGUGACCCUGAGGAGUCGGAGAGCUACACAGCCGAUCUCACUGAGAGCCUGGGACACAGCGGCCACAGUGGCCAGAAUGCUGGCGGACAGGGAGGCAGCAGAGCACCGGACUCCCCUGCCCGUGACUCCCUGUACACCAGCAUCACCAACCUUCGAGACUCACCUUACCCCGACAGCAGUCCUGAACCUCUUGAGGUGGUGCCCCGCUCCGCCCAGCCCCCUGAAGAGUUGUAUUACAGCUCUGGGAAGCCAGCCCUGGGUUCUCGUGGGGCCCCCAUGCAGACCUUCUACCAGGCAGCUCCCAGAAGACCGAGUGGGGAAGGACACCAGGCUCAGGAACCAGCCAUAGUGAAGGAGAUGGACAGAUGCAGCUGGUCACCAGCCUGUGACUGGAGCUUGAAGGAUGGGGUUUUGGGACUGAUGUAAGGACCAGAACCACUCCUAGCCUGCCUUGUACUUGCGUCUCUUCACUUUCUGCUCGUUUGGUUGCCUUUCUUCCUCUUGACUUUUAUUUAACUAACAAAUUAGUGACCUGCAGUGAGGGUCAUGGCUGACCGUGCAGAAGCAGCCUUUAUCCUGAACUUUCCUACUUUUUCUGGAGAUGAGUGAUGCAUGAUUUUUUUUUUCCUCCCCCCCC